CACGUGAAAUCUUGUUGUUGAACGGAAAGAGUGAAGUAAUUUCUUACAGCUGAAAACGUGAAAAAUUUAUAAGUACCGAAAAUGUCUAAAGUAAAAAGGAACAAAAGAAAUCAAGAAGUGAUUGAGAAGCAAGGAUUACGUUUCAAUACUUCUUUGGGGCAGCAUAUUCUUAAAAAUCCUUUGGUCAUCAAUAGCAUGAUUGAAAAGGCAGCUUUGCGAUCCACAGAUGUUGUUCUCGAAGUUGGUCCUGGCACAGGGAAUAUGACAGUCAAAAUGUUGCCACUGGUUAAAAAAGUUAUAGCAUGUGAAAUUGACACUAGAAUGGUUGCUGAACUUCAGAAGCGUGUUCAGGGUACUCCCAUGCAGUACAAAUUAGAGAUAUUGGUUGGUGAUGUCCUAAAAUCUAAUUUGCCUUUUUUUGACAUUUGUGUUGCUAAUUUGCCUUAUAAAAUUUCUUCUCCCUUUGUUUUCAAAUUGUUGUUGCACCGUCCUUUUUUCCGAUGCGCGGUUUUGAUGUUUCAGAAAGAAUUUGCUGAUCGUUUAGUCGCAAAACCAGGAAGCAAGAUGUACUGUCGAUUAUCUGUAAAUACGCAGCUCCUAGCUCGUGUAGAUAUUCUGAUGAAGGUGGGCAAGAAUAAUUUCCGACCUCCUCCUAAAGUGGAAUCGACUGUUAUACGUUUGGAACCUCGCAAUCCGCCUCCUCCAAUCAAUUUCAAAGAAUGGGAUGGACUGCUUCGAAUAUUAUUUGUGAGAAAAAAUAAGACUUUGAGUGCUUCCUUUAAACAUACUGCUGUGCUGGAAAUGAUGGAGCAAAAUUAUAAAACUUACUGCUCUGUAAAAAAUAUUGAAAUCCCAAAAGACUUUAAUAUCAAAGAAAAGAUAGAGGAAGUCUUAAACACUGCUGAUUUUAGUCAAAAAAGACCUAGAACUAUGGAUAUUGAUGAUUUCUUGCUUCUAAUGCAUGAAUUCAAUUCUAAAGGUCUACAUUUCUCGUAACAAUGUAUAAGUGUUUUGAUUGGAAAUGCUUCAUAUUAUAUAUAUUAAUAUAUUGUGUAUAACAUAAACAGUUCACUUAAUUAAAAUAAUC